AUGGUGUUGGUAACCCCCGAAUCGUUCACCAGGGAGGCGUACGGCCCCGCCACUCGCAGCAGCCAGAAAGAGCAUCUGCCCGUGUUGCUGAUCAGCGCCUGCACUGUAGAUGCUCUGUGCUGCAGUCAUAUGCUGCAAGUGCACUUCUGGUCCCGUAGCUACUUCACCGACAAACAAAAUGCAAGAGGCGUUGCCGUUGAUCUCCUCUUCGUUCGCAGCGCUGCGGAUGUCUUGUCGUGGCUCGAUAGGCAGGUGGAAGUCUCGGAAGGGGCAAGCGCCCCUCUAACACCUGUUUUUCUCGCACACGACAGUGCCAGAGGAAGUCUUGCUCGUAGCCGCCUACCGUAUUACGAGCGAAUAUUCCUCCUUGGACUGGGAGCUUUCCCCGAUGAAGCAGCCCCUCCUGGUUCUGCUGGCGGCAUGUGCUCGCGACUGUAUGCAGCUUUGACGGAUGUUCUCUUGAUGAGGUCACCUCAGGCGCGCGCUGUUGCGGAAGUUUUGGAAAGCCACGGCUUUGCCUUUCCCAGAGUCACUCCCGAGGAGGCUUUGAAGCUCAUUCCUUCGGAUGUGAAAGGAAAAGUCGAAGUCGAAAUCGCAGACAGAGUGAAAAGCCUCCGGCGGAACAUAAGGAUUGUGGUGCUGGAUGCGAUGAGGCCGGUGCAUCCCGCGCUUCUACGAGAGGAAUGGUGGCUACUUUUGGUGGAAGACAAUGAGAUCGAGGCACUGGAAGCUGCAGUUUCUCAAAUAGAAGCUGGAGCUCCUAGCAGAGGCCUCUACCUUGCGAAACCUUCCGCGCUGCUUCUUGCUGCGGCCUUGAAUCCGUUGUAUCCAAUUGAAGGCAGUAUCUACGCCUUUAUGGGGGCAAUCUCCUCUGCAGCAUUCCUGCAGUUGGGGUUUACCACCAGCGACGAAUAUAACGACUGGAUUCUCGCAGUUCGCUCUGUGGAUGCCUCUUCAUUCCCCUUUAUUGAAGACGAUGCCAACGCCGGUCUGCUGCCUCUCCUGAGAAACGGCUGUCUUGAAGAAUCGCUGCGUCUCUCGCCUGACGUGCUUGUCAAAUCGGCAGUUCAAGAAGGCUCAGUUGGAGCUCCCUGGCGCCAGCGGCUGCAGCAGCUCACCAACAAGCUCCGCGUGAGCUGUGGUAUCGAGUGUACUGGAAUGCAGCACUUCUUCAGUGGACUGUCCGCUAAGCAGCAGCAAACAGUCUUCGGAUACCUGCGGCAGCACUUGUCUCUUCCAGAUCGCCUCUGCAUCAACUGGAUUCGCCAUACGGACGACACCAAGCACCGCGGAAGCUUUUCCUCCGUACCCAACACAGAUGCUGCAUGGCUGCUCGCUGCCCUUCUUGUAAAGGCUUGCGCUGGAGAAACGCCUCUCCUCGCUGCCAGGAAAAAUGCAAUUGACGCACUCCAGCUCCUCAAGAGGCUGACGACAAGUUCUUUAACAGAGAAAGCGGCGGCAUUACAGAGUCUUCAGGAGGCGCAGGAAGCCCUUAAGGGACAGUUAUCUCGGCUCUUUCUUCAGGCUGAUUUGAUGCGAUCGAGUGUCUCCCAGGGGUUGUUGUUUUUAUCCCUGAAGCAGCCGCCGGCCUUUGUGUGGUCUUCGCACUACUUGCGUCUUCUGUGUCUUCUGGGGUCGAUGCGGCAGAGAGGAAGUUACGCUUCUCGCUGUCUUCCCUGUCUGUUGCUUGUGACUGAAGAAGCGACGUCAAGGGAGGCGGCCUCUCGGGUGCCUGAGGGGUCAAACGAGAGUGGUGCGAAGUGCGUUUUGUAUUGCGUGACACCUGGAGCAGACAAGCACUCUCCGGAUUUGUUUCCAGGCGUGCUUCAGGCCGUGGAGAGGCUCAGCAGCAGCAGAGGCCCCCCCAUGGUUUUUAGAGACUUUCUCGAUCCGCAUUUGCUGCAUAUAACUGCUCCCCGCUUAGGGCUGGACGUACAGAAGCAGGCGGGCGUUCUUUAUAAGGAGGCUUUGCGGCGGAGAGAGGAGAUGGACAAUGAUGAAGAAGUUUUCGACGGGCUGCCGCAGACUGGAGCGACAGCACAAGGUGAAGCGACUGGGGCCCCUUCGGAGGAAUCGCAGGGAAAAGAGGAAGAGGCACCAGAACAGCUGCCGACAGACGAAGAAUCCUUCAGCUCAGAAGCUGAAGAAGAGGAAAUUUCAGAGGCAAGUGACGACGCUGACAGCUCGAAUGGAGAGGUUCACCCUUCGCCCGAGGCACUUCGAAAGAAUGGCACACCCGGAGGCCUAAGAAGGCCUAAAGGGAAACGGCCUCGUCGGGCAGCAGGAACAGAUAAUGAAAAUGAAGAGGUGCGUCUUUGUGUUGAGCCGAAGCAAAAGCUUGGGCUUGUUUUUGCCCGUACAGCAUGCAGGUGUGCAUAUAUGUUUGUGGCUAUGUGA